AUGGCGAUCUUCCCAUCGAAACGCUUCACACCCUCAAGUUCGACCCAUACACUAGCUCAUCGCUAUCGCCAGGCUCUCAGCAAACACCCUUUCGCCCUCUUCGGUCUCCCCUUCAUCGCGACCAUGCUCCUCGGUUCCUUCUUCCUUACCCCAGCAACAGCAUUACGAUAUGAGCGACACGACAAGAAAGUGAAACAGGUGUCGGAGGAGGAUCGGCUCGGGAUGGGCAAGAAUAGAAGACGGAUAGACUUGAAGGAGGAAUAUUAUAGACUCGCAGCCAAAGACCUAGAUAACUGGGAGCAGAAACGAGUCAAGCGAUUACCGGGAGAACACGACGGUGUAUUAUGA